ACUAACAAGUAACAACAAUGCAACACUAAUGACUUGAUCGUCGCCGUCUCUUGGGAUUCAUCAGACGUAGCCCCCGUUGCCAGUUGGAACCCUAGCUCCUAAAUCGCACCCUCGAUUAAGAAUUCCUACGACUUUGAAGACUAAGAGCAAGAUCUUCUCUUUUUUAAUAUAAUUCUUUUAGAUGGAGAGAUCUGUUGCUUCGUUAACGUACGAGGGUUCGGUUUCUGAGGCAAUUGUUGAAGCACAAAGGCAGAAGAAACUGUUUGUGGUUUAUAUUUCAGGUGAUGAUGAAAAUUCAAUACAUCUAGAGCGAACAACUUUGGUGGAUAAUAAUGUAGCAGAAUCCAUGUCAAGAUAUUGCAUCUUCUUGCAUCUCAUUCAUGGAAGCAUUGAUGCACUACAGUUCUCUGCCAUAUAUCCACAAAAAUCAGUUCCAAGUAUCACCGCUGUUGGGUUCAAUGGUGUAAUGUUAUGGCAGCAUGAAGGUUACAUCAGCGGGGAAAAUUUUGUAGGAAGUAUUGAGAAGGCUUGGGCGACAGUCCAUUUUCAGGAAACAGCUGUUACUCUUUUGACAGCAGCAAUUGCUUCCAAUAAACCUGAACCUCUAAAUUCUAGCCCUCAGGAAGCUGCUCAAGGAAAUUCUUCAUCAUUGGAUACAGCAUCAACAUCAGCAGGCAAAUCAUUAGAAAGUUUGGAGGAGAAAUCUUCAGAUGUUUCUAAGCCAUCAGUUGAGGAUGUGGUUGCUGAACCAAUAGAUGAUCAGAAAAAUGAAGGUCCUGGUCCAGAAACCUCUUCACGGUCAGGCGCUGUUGAUGACAGAGAGAUUAUAAGGGAAGAGCAAACAAUCUUAGAAAGUAAUACUAGGGAAGAAGUGCUAUCUAGUGUGACUAGAGAUUUGUACAAUCCAUCGACUUGCGAUGACAUUGAUGUUUGUGCAGCACCUAAAGAAACCCUUGCUUCUGAUGAAAGCUACACUGAGGCUUCCCCAGCCUCUAUAGAGAAAACCACUGCAUAUAGUCUCAACUCUUUGCAAACUUCUGACAUUGUGGAGGAGGAAAAUGCCAACAGUGAAGAGGUUGCUGAACCAACUGAGUAUUUAAAUGCUACAAAGUCCGAAGAUAUCUUUCUUAAUAUUCGUUUGCCAAAUGGAGCCAGCUUACAAAGAAAGUUUAUGUUGACUGACACAUUGAGAUCAGUGAAAAAUUAUGUUGAUAAGAACCAAAGUGGUGGUGCUGGUUCAUAUGAUUUAGCUGUACCUUAUCCUCGAAAGGUAUUCAGUGAACAUGAUAUGACUAGUGUUUUGUCUGAGCUGGGAUUUGGUGCACGGCAGGCAUUAAUAGUCGUCCCCCAUCGCCAAGCCAUUAGAUCUCAGAAGAGGAGCAUGCCAGCAGCUCAUGAAGGCCAAACUGCUGCAAGCAUGAUCAAUGAAACUGAUAAUGGCGGAUACUUUGGAUUUGUGAAAAGGGUAUUAUCCUACAUGAAUCCAUUUUCCUACCUCGGUGGCAGUGCUGACUCGUCAAAUUCGGAGCCAGCUCCAAAUAAUGGCUACCAGCAAUACCGUCCAGCUCAUGCCUUUCAAAGCAGUCAUUUCUCUGGGGCAGAGACAUCCAACCGUCCAUUUAGUUCGAGUCAGUCAGCAGGUGAAAAUACUGGAGAAACAAGCAGAAGAGCAUCAAGACCAUUUGGCAGCAAUAUCCACACCCUGAGGCAUGAUGAAGAUGAUUUCCAAUCUGGAGACAGGAAUACAUUUUGGAACGGAAACUCUACUCAGUUUGGAGGUGAUGAUGAUAAAAAGUGAGAAGGCGAUAUUUAGUUUAAGUCCAAAAAAGGUGACUUCAUAAGAUAAAAAGAGAGCUCAUGUCAGUAAAACUUAAUUGCCUGUAUAUUUUUCUUAAGGGCAUAGUGUAAAGCUGCACUGUAUAAUCUUAUUGAGUCUUAUUUCAUCUUUGGUUUUCAAUACAUGAUAUUCGAGAAACUAGCAGUUAUAUUUGUUAUUUGUGAUCAAGUUGUACUUCUGACGAGUGGUAUUUGUUCGUUCUGCUUAUACUCUGUAAGUUAUAUGCUA